UAGCCAACUGAAACAGAGCAAUUUAUCACUGGGAUUUGUGCGCUGUUAAUGGUGGUUUCCUUUCAAGCUUAUCUCUUUUUCUUCCAUUUUGCUUAAUUUCAAGAUAUGGGUAAGCUUUAUUCUUCAUUGUUUCUUCGUUCAAUUGUUAAUGUUCGAAGCAAUCUUUCUCCUUUUUCUUCUUCUUUAAACACCAUUGUUACCCACAUUCAAGCUUUAAGAAAAAAGUCAACGUCUUCAAGGGGAAAUGUUGAUGAUGCUUUGACUAAGUUUAAUAUGAUGAUUGUGAAGUACCCAAAGCCCUCAAUUGUGGAAUUCACUAAAUUAUUAGCAUCCAUUGUUAGAUCAAAACGUUAUGCCAUUGUUGUUCCUAUGUGUAGCCAAAUGGAAUUAUUAGGAGUUUCCCAUAACGUUUAUUCAUUGAGCAUCUUGAUUAAUAGCUUUUGUCAAUUAGGUCAAGUUGAAUUAGGGUUAUCUGUUUUGGGGAAAAUGUUGAAGUUAAAUGUUGAACCUGAUGUGGUAACUUUUUCUACUUUGAUUAAUGGACUUUGUAAACAAAUGAAGAUUUCUCAAGCUGUGAGUUUGUUUGAUGAAAUGACUGAAAAAUGUUAUAAACCCGAUUUAGUUUCUUACAAUACUAUACUCAAGGGAUUGUGUAAGAUUAGGAAUUCUAAUAAAGCAGUUCGACUUCUAAGGAUGAUGGUAGAAAGAGGUUUUGAACCAAAUAUUGUAGCGUAUAGUACUGUUAUUGAUUGUCUUUGUAAGAACAAGUUGUUAAAGGAGGCUCUUGAUCUUUUCUCCGAAAUGAAAGUUAAGGGUAUUAGACCGGAUAUUGUUAUUUACAGUUGCUUAAUUCAUGGUAUGUGUAAUUUGGGCCAGUUGAAGGAGGCAACGAGGCUUUUGAAUGAAAUUGUGGAUGACAAUAUUUCACUUGAUGUUAUCACGUAUAACAUAUUGAUCAAUGCACUUUGUAAAGAGAUGAUGAUUUCUGAAGCUGAAGGUAUUGUUGGUACAAUGAUAAAGCGCAAUAUUGGGCCUGAUGUUGUCACGUAUAAUAUAUUGGUUGAUGCGUAUUGUAAGGCUGGGAUUGUUUCUAAAGCUGUAGAUACCGUUGACACAAUGAGAAAUCAAGGCAUUGAGCCUAAUGUUGCUACGUAUAGUAUAUUGGUUGAUACUUAUGGCAAGGAGGGGACGAUUUUCCAAGCUGUAAAUACUGUUGAUACAAUGAGAAAGCUCGGCAUUGAACCUGAUGUUGUUAUGUAUAGUGCAUUAAUAAACGGUUAUUGCUUAAGAAACAAAAUGGAUAAAGCUAGAAGAGUAUUUCAGUUGAUGAUUAAGAAGGGUUGUGUACCUGAUAUACAUAGUUACAACAUCAUGAUCAACGGAUAUUGUAAAGCUAGAAUGUUAGACGAAGCAAUGGAACUCUUUUGUGAAAUAUCUCGAACAGGACCAAUCCCGAAUACUGUCACAUACAGCACUCUUAUGCAAGGUAUGUGUCAAUUAGGAAAAGUUUCAACUGCAUGUGAACUUUUGAGAACAAUGCUUGCUUCUGGACAAGUUCCGGACUUAGUGACUUGUUCGAUUUUAUUGGAUGGUUUUUGCAAAAAUGGUAAACCCAAAGAGGCAUUGAAUUUUUUUCAAGCAAUGCGAAGCAACAGGUUGAAACUAGAUGUUGUAUCUUACAAUAUACUAAUUGAUGGUUUGUACAAAGUUGGGCAUAUCGAAGUUGCGAAGGAAUUAUUUCAUGAAAUCUUGGUUAAUGGUUUAAAACCGAGUGUUUACACAUAUGCUAUAAUGAUCAAUGGAUCUUGUAAAAAGGGAUUACUAGAUGAAGCAUACCGGUUGUUUAGGAGCAUGGGAGAUAAUGGUUGUUUGCCAGAUAGCUGCUGUUAUAAUGUAAUGGUCCAAGGGUUUCUUCGAAAUGGCUAUACCUCAAAGGCAACACAACUUCUUACGGAAAUGGUUGGUAAGGGCUUUUCUGCAGAUUUAUGCACUGCUACCAUAUUUGUUGAUCUCAUCUUACAAUCUAGUAAACCAAUUUUGAUCUGAACUGUUUCGUAGAUGGUGUAAAUAUAAUCACUUGCGAGUUUGAAUCGAUCUGUUAUUUUUCUAAUUGUAGAUAAGUUAAAAGUUUUUGGAAACUAGAAUGAAUGUUGUUAAGGUCUAUUUUUUGUUUAGUUGAUGAAACAAAUAAUUGUUAUGCACAAUGAGGAUUCUUAUGGGCUUAAUUCA